AUGGCGUCUCGCUCCAUCCACGCCUGCGUCUUGGCGGCUAUAUUAUUGACAAUUUGGGCAUGCGCACUCGCCAUUGACCCCAGCACGGCAACGGGCUGCUACGUGCACAACGCAAUGAGCCACGUGGUUCAGAAAGACGGUUGUCGACCCUACGAGCUGAUUGUUAGUGGGUGCUGGGGUCGGUGUGCCACGGUCGAGGUUCCGGCGCUAAACCCCCCAUUUGUGAGCGCCUCCCAUUCCGUGUGUGGCUACACUUCCUACGAGGAGAGACAUGUAGAGUUACCAGACUGCGACCCCGGCGUCGACCCCGGCUACACCUACCUUCAUGCCCUACGGUGUGAGUGCACCACCAUAGAUUCCACGAACACCAAUUACAGCUACAGACCUGAUUAUUUCGUAUCGAAAAAGUAG